GGACCUGAGAACACCAGCCCUGGGGCUGGAGCUCGCAGGCUGAGCCCGGCGGCCGCAUUGGGAGGAGGAUUUUGCAAGGAAGGGGGGAGGAACCAGGGGAGAGGGCGAAGCUUUGAGGCUACCCACAGGUCUGGAAUGGGGGGACCCGAUGACAGAUUGAGGUCCUGUAAUAGGGGCGUCAUGGCAUCCGGGGUCUGAGAGCGCUGCAGGGAAUCGCGGGUUUGGGAGAGGGCUGGGGAGGGGGAGAGUGGGGGGAAGGAGGGAACUGCACAGAUGUUUGGCAAGAGUGAGCUGGGACUAAGUGACCGACCCAGGGCCAGGGCCAGCGGGGGCGUGGGUGUUCCUAGACAUGGAGGGAAGCGAGGGGUGCCAGGGCCGGGGAGGAGGGAGCGCAGCCUGCACGGGGAUUUGGGGCGACCAGCUGAGUCGGGGUGUUAGCCUUAGAAGGGUCGGAGCCAGCGGGGUUUGCAGGAAGAGGGUGAGGCUCAAACACCCAGAAGAACCUUCGGAGGCUGCCGAGAGCUGGGUGGCGGUCGGGCCCCCGACGCGGCCAGACUCUGACUGUCUGGGUACUGUGGCUUUAAGAGGCCGCUGGGCUGCGGGCUCUUUAAGGAGGAGGCGGAAGGCCCCUCUGAAGCGCUCCAGGAUCCUGCACAUGGCCCUGAUGGGGACUUCCGACCUCUCCGGCGAGGCGGAGGCCAGCCAGGGGAAGCCCUUCCUGCUCCGGGCCCUGCAGAUCGCCCUGGUGGUCUUUCUCUACUGGGUCACCUCCAUCUCCAUGGUGUUUCUCAACAAGUACCUGCUGGACAGCCCCUCCCUGCAGCUGGACACCCCCAUCUUCGUCACCUUCUACCAGUGCCUGGUGACCGCCCUGCUGUGCAAGGGCCUCAGCACCCUGUCCGCCUGCUGCCCCGGGGCCAUGGAGUUCCCGGCCCUGCGCCUGGACCUCAGGGUGGCCCGCAGCGUCCUGCCCCUGUCCGUGGUCUUCAUCUGCAUGAUCACCUUCAACAACCUCUGCCUGAAGUACGUGGGGGUGGCCUUCUACAACGUGGGCCGCUCCCUCACCACCGUCUUCAACGUGCUGCUCUCCUACCUCCUGCUCAAGCAGACCACCUCCUUCUACGCCCUGCUCACCUGCGGCAUCAUCAUCGGUGGCUUCUGGCUUGGUGUGGACCAGGAGGGGGCAGAGGGCACCCUGUCUUGGACGGGCACCCUCUUUGGCGUGCUAGCCAGCCUGUGUGUCUCGCUCAACGCCAUCUACACCAAGAAGGUGCUCCCGGCGGUGGACGGCAGCAUCUGGCGCCUGACCUUCUACAACAACGUCAACGCCUGCGUGCUCUUCCUGCCGCUGCUCCUGCUGCUGGGGGAGCUCCAGGCCCUCCUCCGCUUCGCCCAGCUGGGCAGCGCCCACUUCUGGGGCAUGAUGACGCUGGGCGGCCUGUUCGGCUUUGCCAUCGGCUACGUGACGGGACUGCAGAUCAAGUUCACCAGCCCCCUGACCCACAACGUGUCGGGCACGGCCAAGGCCUGUGCCCAGACGGUGCUGGCUGUCCUCUACUACGAGGAGGCCAAGAGCUUCCUCUGGUGGACGAGCAACAUGAUGGUGCUGGGGGGCUCCUCCGCCUACACCUGGGUCAGGGGCUGGGAGAUGAAGAAGGUGCAGGAGGAGCCCAGCCCCAAGGUGGAGGAGAAGAGCAGCCUGGGGGUGUGAGCUCCUGCGGGGACCUCGGGAUGGCCCGCCCAGGAGAGCGCCCCCGGGAGGAAGCCCAUGGAUGCAGCAGAGGCCUCUCUGACCCAGCCAGGGAGUCCUGGAGGGGUGUUUGCAGACGGAUUGGAACCUGGUGAUCAAAACGGAACAGUGUUUUCAAGUAAUGUCGGAAAGUCACCGAUCCU